GGUCUGCUCCGCCUCCAGCGCUUGUUAGAAAUGAACCAGUUUCUCCGGACAGUGAUGUUCAUGGCUGCUUCUGCUUUAUUAACACUUUAUAACGCUUAAUAUCUCUUAAUAACCUCAACCUGAUACAGACAUGGCGGAGAGUGUAAGCGUGGUGUUUAAGCUGUACUGCCUGAUGGUGAUGACCCUGGUUGCUGCAGCGUACACUGUGGUCCUGAGAUACACUCGCACUGUACAGUCAGAGCUCUACUUCUCCACCACCGCCGUCUGUCUCACUGAGAUCAUCAAACUCCUCCUCAGCUUAGGAAUGCUCACCCGUGAGACAGGUGGACUGGUCAGGUGUAAGGGCGUGGUUCUAGAACAGGUGUUUAAUCCUGUAGACUUGCUGAAGCUCAGCGUGCCGUCUGUAGUUUAUGCCAUUCAGAACAACAUGGCCUUCCUCGCUCUCAGUAACCUGGACGCUGCUGUCUAUCAGGUGACGUAUCAGCUGAAGAUCCCGUGUACAGCUCUGUGCACUGUACUGAUGCUGAACCGCUCUCUGAGCCGCAUGCAGUGGAUCUCCGUCUUCAUGCUGUGUCUGGGGGUCAUCCUGGUCCAGUGGAAACCUGCUGAGCUCUCUAAGGUCCAGGUGGAGCAGAACCCCAUCGUGGGCUUUAUGGCCAUCGCCAUCGCUGUCCUCUGUUCUGGAUUUGCAGGUGUGUACUUUGAGAAGGUGUUGAAGAGCUCAGAGACGUCUCUGUGGGUGAGGAACAUUCAGAUGUAUCUGUCGGGGAUCGUCAUCACAUUACUGGGUGUGUUCAUGACAGACGGAGCGCAGGUAAUGGAGAAAGGCUUCUUCUUCGGAUACACAGCGUGGGUCUGCGUCGUCAUCUUUUUAGCCAGUGUCGGUGGUCUCUACACGUCUGUGGUGGUGAAAUAUACAGAUAACAUCAUGAAGGGUUUCUCUGCGGCGGCGGCCAUCGUCCUCUCCACCAUCGCCUCCGUCACGCUGUUCGGCCUGCAGAUCACCUUGACGUUCUCCAGCGGCGCUCUGCUGGUCUGUGUCUCCAUUUACCUGUACGGUUUACCCAAACAGGACACCAGCACGCUAAGCAAAGCUAGCAGUGCUAACAACGCUAGCAAAGAGAAGCUAAUCUCCGUGUGAGGAUGGAGGCGUGUGUGCGUGACUCUCCAAGCAUCUGUCUUAUUUUAAACUCUACUUAAUUCUAUCAUGUCUCCAUGUCCUGGUGGGGGUGGAGCCUGGCCUGGACAGGGGGAAAGGGGGUGGGGCCAGCAGGAAACUGGAUCUAACCAGGACCUGUGAAAAUGUGUUUAUUUGUUUAUUGGGGUUCAAACAAAACAUCUUUCAUUUUUUUAUUUUUAUUCACGUGACCCUACAGCCUAGUGCACUAGAGCUGUUCCCUGUCCCCUAAACUACAGUGUUGGACACACAACUGCAGUGCAUUGUGGGAUAGUAGCAGUGGGCUGGAGUUCUGCACUCUAGUCUUGAUUUUUCUUGAAGUUUGAUGUAGGAAUCAGACACGUACUUUUACACACUCAUCUACAUAUGACCAUAUAAGGAAUAUCUCAUUUACAUAUUUUCCAGUGUUCCAAUGCUAUACACAUCUCUGUUAAACACACACACACACACACACACACAGACUGUUAGACUUGUUGAAUAUUUUAUCAGUUCUCAUCACUGUAACAGUGUUUUGAAGGAAGAUUUUGGCAAUAAAUAAUUAAAUAAUUAGUCAUGUGAAAUAAAUCAUGGUGUCAGGAACAAAUCCA